AUGCCAGCUCCUACAAUUUGGAUAGCCCCCCUUGUGUUUGUUCUCGCGUUCCCCGAAAACAUCCCCAACUCCACUGACAACGUUUUCAACUUCUUCCCAUUCAACAACCCGGCAUUCUGCAAACGUUGCGGCAUACGCGACACAACAGUUGGCCUUUCGAUUCCUCCAGAAGGCCCUAUUGGUGACCAGCUGAAGCCGAACAUCACUGCCCAAUGGCCCGAUUGUGUUGUUGGUGCCACUUGGUUCCUCCGGUGGUUAUUCGAUGACAUGAAGAUAUACGCCAACGAGUGGGUGGCAAGUCGGCAGAAUCAGCUGUUAGAAAAGCGUCUGAAAAAGGGAAAAGGGAAGGCAAAAAAAACAGACAAAGAUGAGUCCAACCCCGAGCUUGAUACUCACGGUAUCCCAAUCGACAAGCAACAGACGGAGUGGAAGAAGAACGCUUUGAUCUCCGACUUCGACAAUUGGCACUGGCUGAUCUCGCGCGCUUUUGGUGGUAUCGGCGGUCUUUACGAGCAGCUACGCGCAUUAAUGAAAGAGUUCCAUUGCAAUGCCGAGACGGCACAUAAAUUCGAGCGCGAACAAAAAAAAAGGAGCUGUCAACGAUCCGGAAAGCCUUUCCUUGAGAGCGACGUCCACACGAAGACAGCCUUCGAUACCUACUGGUCGCACGCGAGUCGGAACAUUGGGCUAGCCAUAUUUGGCCCGACAAUUAUCUCUCUUGGCGUCCCGGACAAGCAGCGGCUGCGAGUAGUAAAGGCUUGGUGUUUCCGGCUGUUCCAAAACGAUGUCCGUGUCCUGGGGCGAACGGUAAGUAAAAGCCGGGAGAUUGAAACAGAGCUGCACGCCGCAUACAUAAAUGCACAAACGAACUUCACGGCAAAGGCCUUCCGCACCAUGAAUUGGCUGCUCCAGAAGGUGCUUCAAGUCCAGCGAGUGUGCGGGGUGGACAUCGAGGAGGAAGAAGGCUCCCUGAGCUGGAAGACCAAGAUCGACACACUGAUGCGAGAGCGCGGUAGAGUCAUCCAGAACGGAGAGGUCACAAGAGUCAAGGCGUCGGUAGGGGUGGUUGUGCCCGAGGAGCUUAUGGACCAGCUCAUGGAGGAGUACAGCGAGCUGCUCCGCGCAAGGCAAAUACUGGUGCCUGCAAAUGAGCCAACCAAAGCACAACCCUUAGGUGAGGACGACAAGCCAGACUUAUGGAGCGCAGGGUACGGCGUUGACGCCGGAGUUGAGCACUGGGGAAAGAAGACCCUCAACGAACUCUUCGACCUCAUUGGCGUAACCGGUACCAACAUCUUUGGCCGCAAUCAAAACCUCGACCUCAGCGGCAUGUGGCAUCAAUGGGUGGCGGUCAUCGAAAUGGUCAAACGGUUGUUCACAAACAAGAUUGGCAAGAAGGGAAAUCCAACGCUCCUGGCCGACCAAGUUGGACUCGGCAAGACGGUCAUCACGGUGCUGUACAUUCAAGUCAUCUGGCACCUGCAAGCGCUCCAGAAGGAGUUGGAUUGGCACAAGAAGUGGCCCAAAGUACUCGGUAAGUCAUUGAAAAACCCCCAAGUAGUUGUCAUUGAUCUCGCAUUUGUUUCACACAAUAAUAAAAACAAUGCUUACUUCAACGGCGCACUGGGUGCGCUGCUCCCCCAAACCCAACAAUCAACACUAAUACGGCAUGUGUCACGACUGCUCUCUGGUCGCGGGGAUGGCGUACACGGUACGCUACGUCGGCUCACCCCACUUUGCUGCCUCCUUCCGGGGCGGCGUACUUGGUACGCUGUAGGUGACUCGUAUUAUUUUAUGGGUGAGGAAUCCAUUCCGGACGAGCCAAUCAUCCUUGUCGUCCCUCGGACACUGGUCUCCCAAUGGAGCGCCACGUUGUCCCAGUGGCUAGAGUAUGGGUCCUACAACUGUCUCGAGUUCGUUGGCGGUGAACUUGACCGCAAGGCGUUUUUUGCCUCCAAAGCUUACAAGCAAGCCGUCUCCCCGCGUCGCUCACACCUUAUAAUCAUUGCUCAUAACUCGCCGGCUACAGGCGACCCUACUAAUUUGUCGGACUCAAUAUUCGACCGCAAUUGGCUGCUCGGUGUAGUCAAAGAAGGCCAUGCUUGGCGUAAUGUUGGUGCCUCGAGUGAUGCAAUUGUCACUCUCAUGUCCCGAUGCAGGCAACGACUUGCCCUCACAGCCACCCCCGUCUUCACCCAUCCCCAAAAUCUUCUUCAAAUCUCACGUAUAUUACGGGUGGAGAGUUUCCUUGGCAAGGCCGGCCGAAGACUCACGCAGAGUAUCAACUCCGAGGUUGCCCUUGAGCUACGCAGUUGGAAAGUGGACCCGGAACACAACGAGCUGCGGGCCUUUCUUUGCAGCAUGCGCAAGGGCGAGGUCGGCACCCAGGACAAGCCGGAGGCGCUCCAAUCCCAUGUCAAGGACUUUAUCCUCACACAGAAAGGUGCCAUUCAAUCCUUCCGGGCGUUCUGGACGAGUUGCGGCGUCAUGAAGAGGCUGCUCAAGGAGUUGGAUGGCAUUUUGAUUCGGCGUGACGAGCGAUUGAAGAGCUUUGACGGCAAGCUGCUCCUAGAUCUUUCGCCGAAGCAUACCGUAAUCUCAUGGCUCAAGCUUGGAGACAAGAUGCGGAAGCUUCUGGCCAAACAAACGUCAACGGAUGAGCGCAUCUCAGAAGGCCGUGCGGAUCUACAUGGGUUUUUCACUUGCGUUAAGCAGCUUCUGGUCCACCCUGGCCUCGAGACGUACCUGGAUGAAAUGGCUCGGAGACAAGAAGAAAAGAGGGCUGAGAAAGAGGGGAGGGACACGGGGUCGGUUCACUCCGCCGAUUCCGAGCGAGUCGAGUCCGAUAUCGACAAAUUUGUCCAGCUCUUGUUCCCAACCCUCGAUACGUACAUUGCCAACCCAUCCAAAAAGCUUGAUCGAAUGCUCGAGAUCGUUGCCCAUCACAUUGGCGACGAGAACAAGAACAAUCUGCCACUCGCGUGGUCCCCAGACGGCAAGCAGGUCCCUUCGCACGCCUCAGUAAGCCCUGAUGAGGCAGCGCUGCCACGGCGGAAGAUUGUCAUUUACUGCCACCUCUCAGCAAGCUGGGCGGUUGCAACAAGGGUUCUGAAUCUCAAGGGCUACCGAACUAUUGCAAUUAAUGGUCGGAUGUUGGUGAAAAAACGAGAGGAGGCAGUCGCUCAAUUCCAGUCCAAGGACGGCCCCGACAUCAUGCUGCUUAGCGACGUUGGAACGCAAGGGCUGAAUCUACAGCGUGGUUCUGUCUGCAUCUUCGUGGGCUCAGCACAGCUUAAGCGCCAAGCCAACCUGGCAGCCGGGGGGAUCCAACAUGGACACAAAGCAUCGUAUCAGCACUUUCUCAAUAAGAAAAUGUCUCAACCUACUACCCCAGAGAGAAAUAGAGCCCAGGCCAGAGGUGAAGACCGUGAGCAGCAAGCACAAACCAGUCCCAAUGCCCGACGCACUCCUUCCAGCUCCCUACCAGCAGCACAGUUUGGAGUCAUGCCUGUAGAUCCACCAGCUAGAAAUCAAGCAUUCAGUAACCGUCAAUUGGCUCAGCACAGGCAGUUUACAUUAGUGGCAGCUUCCAAUGCUGAGACUAUUCAAAGCAAUCCUUUGAACCCCCCACCUGGGCCCAGCUGUGCAGCUUUGGCUCAGAGGGCAAGGCGAGCAAGGGAGCGUGCAGAGAGGGAAGCAGCUGCUCAGGCAAUGCAAGCUCAGCAGCCUCCAAACAUAGCUCUGAUCCCAGAAGAAUUGCUGCCUGCCCCAUUGGACCUACCUCAAAUCCCAGAAAAUCAGCAAGUACCUGUGAACAUUGAGGAUAAUCAAGAAAACAUUAAUCAAGAACCUCCAGGCAAUAAUAUUGAACAAGGAGAUGUGCAUGCCCACCCACAGCCUAAUGAGCAGCCAUUACCACCAGCACAGCUAAAUGAGGCAGCCCAAGAGCGCACUGCAGCAAAAGAAAAACGUGAUCGUGUUGUUAGCCGGUUGUCUUGCACUGGGCAACAUGAUUUAGGGCCAAUGAAUGGGAAUACAAUUACUUUUGGAUCAUGCUGUCUCUCAGGGCAGAUUGUCCUCCCUCCCCCUAGAUGUCCACCAAGAGAGCUUUGGGAGCUUUAUACAGGGAGGCACCACCUCUCUCAAAACUUCCAAAAAAACAUUCGAGCUCUCAAUGCAGCAUUGGCAUUCACUUCAUUUGGUGCAACAAGUAUUGGUGAGGUGCCUGCAGGUCAAGGGCCUUAUAUCUUCAAAAUUGGGGGGGAGGUUCAUCACCUUUCUGGGGUGCUUGACAGGGCUCCAGAGGGUCAGCAGCCUCAAUAUGCCCAACUCUAUCUUUAUGAUCCACAUGAUGCUGCUAAUUUCCGUACAAGGAACCAGCAUAAUGCUGGAAUUGACCCAGGAUUGAUGCGCUUGCUCACUGGGGUGAUUCAUGAGUCACAUGGGUAUGCUGCUCUGUAUAAGCAAGCAUGGCAGAGGAUGCAAGAACAACCUGUUCAGACUGUGUCCAUUGUUCUUCGCCAGCAGCGGAACACUGACCCAAGGAGAUACAAUCUCCCAACCAGUGAUGAGAUUGCUCUGAUCUUGGCUGAUAAUGCUUUGAACCAGCAGCGUGAUAUUGUGCUGUUAUAG